AUGGGCCCCAAAUCCAAGGUUUUUGUCCCUCUCUACGUAUAUCCUGCUCCUGGGGCGUGGGAUCCGCUAGAAGAUGUGAUCUCCAAACACCCCGACGUGAACUUCACCGUGGUGAUUAAUCCUGGCAGCGGGCCGGGACCCGAGGCGCUGCCUGAUGGCAAUUACACCCGCGAGAUCCCUAAGCUGGCCUCAUAUGAGAAUGUGCGGCUUUUAGGUUAUGUGGCAACGACCUAUGCGAAGCGCAACAUCUCGGAGGUACGGCGGGACAUUGAGACGUAUGCGGCGUGGCCCACCCAGAGCUCGAAUGCGAAUCUGGCUGUUCGGGGGAUAUUUUUCGAUGAAACACCUCAACAAUAUGAUGCGGAUAUCUUGGCAUAUCUGCGAGAGCUCACAGAUGUGGUGAAGGGGACAUCCGGUCUUGGGCCGGAUCACUACGUUGUUCACAACCCCGGGGCGAUUCCAGACUCGCGCUACCUGUCGACCGCGGAUUCGACGGUGGUCUUCGAGGCAACCUAUGCAACGUUUCAAGAACGCCAUGGGGCCGAGUUGUUCGACACGAUCCCUGACAGCCAUCGCGACCAACUGUGCGCAGUGAUCCACUCGGUGCCUACCAGCGUGGAGGGAUCGGAUCUACGUGGGCUGGUCAAGCAGGUUCGCCAAGUUGCAGACGAGAUAUUCAUUACCCAUCUGGAGACGGACUAUUAUGCAGGCUUUGGGGGACAAUGGAGCGAGUUUGUGGAUCUGAUGGCUAGUUAG